GAUGGAAAUUUCUUAAACAUCGUUAAAUAUUGUCACCACACCAGCAGCGUCGAAGAUCAGGCGACACAGCCAGCACACUUACAAUCAACGCUGACACCUAGAGAGAGAUAGAGAGAGGGAGGAGAAAAGUCCAAGCCGAAACACGUUUGGAUCCAGACCAUCCAAGUCUCAGCAGCUUCCAGAAUAAUCCCCUUCCUCUUCAGCCUCUCCGAUUUGGCAACGAUUCGAAGUUCGAACCGAACCAAUCUUGUAGAUUUUUCCUUUUACUACGUCUACCGUGUAUUUCUUCUUCGACUUUCCGUCAAACCCCUCUCUACUCUUCUCUCCAAUUCCACCGUCUUCAAAUCAAAAUUCGUCUCUCGUUCUCUGUGUGUAGUAAGAUGGGGAUAUCAUGGAGCAACAGCAGCAGCAACAACAGAAGAAGAAGAAACAACAAUUACCAUCAAAACCCACCUCCUUCUCAUCUCAUUGCUUCAUUUUCUUCCUCUGACCCCUAUCCUGCUCCGUCUUCCUACCCUUAUCCUGCGCACCCUCCUCCUCCUCCGCCGCCGCCUCCUGCUCCUCCGGUUCACUCUUCCUACUACUACCCUGGUGGGUACAGUGCUGGAAAUUACGGCAAUCCCAUGGCGGGGCGUGCGAAUUUUGCCCCGCACUAUGCUUACCACAACCUUGGCUGGUCGGCUCCUGGAAUUCGGCCGCCUCCUCCGAUGACUGGUCCGCCAUUGCCGCCGCCUCCGCCGUAUGUGGAACACCAGCAGGCUAAGAAGGUCAGGAAUGAUGUGAAUGUGCAUAAGGAUACGCUGCGGCUUGAGGUUGAUGAGCAGAACCCAGAUCAUCAUCUGAUCUCAUUCGUUUUUGAUGCACUGUUUGAUGGGAGCUUUACCAUUCUUUACUUUGCCAAGGAAGAGCCCAAUUGUAAAUUUCUUCCAGUAAUUCCUGAAGCUUAUGUGCCAGUGAAAGUCCCUUUUCAGAAAGGGCCUGGCCAGAAAUUUCGUCAACCUUCUGGAACUGGCAUUGACUUGGGUUUCUUCGAAUUGGAGGAACUUUCUACACCAUCACCAGGAGAAGAUAUGUUCCCUCUUGUAAUCUCUGCUGAAACAUUUGUGCCAGCUGAUCCUACAGAAGAAAGUCUUACUGAUCCUUCACCAAGUUCAUCCCCUCAUAUGCAGAUUACUCAAGCUGUUAUUCACAAGAACAAUGACAAUGCUUUUGAUGUGAGAGUGAUCAAACAGAUAUUAUGGAUUGAUAGGGUUCGGUAUGAACUUCGUGAGAUUUAUGGAAUCGCAAAUUCAACUGCUGGAAGCUUCAAAGAUGAAGAUCCAGGCAAAGAGUGUGUGAUUUGCAUGACAGGACCUAAGGAUACAGCUGUCCUUCCAUGCCGACAUAUGUGCAUGUGCACUGAAUGUGCAAAAGAAUUGAGGCUUCAAACAAAUAAGUGCCCUAUAUGCCGUCAACCCAUUGAGGAACUCAUAGAAAUCAAGAUCAACAAUGUUGAUCAGUGAGUGAUCCCCUCCUUCGUUCUGGAUCCUAUUGUAUGAUACUCUUUCAAUAUUUUUUUCUUUGUAUUUAAUCCUUUUAUAUAUGUGAUUUUUGUUCUGUUAGUUGUUAAACAUAUCUUCAUUUCUUUUUCUGAUCUUCGAUCACAUGGCGAUGUAUAUAUAAGGGUGCACUUUGGCAUGAUGUUUUUGCAAAUAGAGUAUGGUAUUGGCACCUA